AUGUGGGAGAGGCAUCCAGCCACACAACAGUUGAGAGAUCAGUUGACAGAGGCUGAGAUUGAUUGCAUUGCAGUGACAGGCUUAUAUGAGGUGGUGUACCAAGAGACGAGUUCACUGGGAGUUGGGAUCACUCUACUGCAUAUUUGGACUCGACUGGAGGAUAUGGAGGUAGAGGUUGUAGUUAGAGAUGUUCAGCUAUUUGCACGGGAGUCAGAGUUGACGGUAGUGCUUCGGAAGAGAGAUGGAAUGAUUGGUGCUCUAGGAAGGAGUAUUGGGAUCAGUGAAUUCAAUAUGGUGAGCAUCGACGUUGUUGAAUCUACUGCUGGGGGUUUUGAUACUACUAAUGGUAUUAUUCAUGUAGUUGCUGCUGCUGAUGGGAAUGGCGUAACCUCUGACAAUCACACCAACCACAUCGUCGAUCUUCAUGUGGACUCUGUUCAAGAAGUUGUGAUAUCUGAGAGCUUGUGCCGACUUCGCUUUCUCAAAUCACUCUUCGUUACCGGAGAUACAAGCCGAGUCACAGGUACUCUUCCUCCCUGUUUGUGGAAUCUCUCAUAUAUUCAAAAUUUAGAAUUACCUGGCAAUGAAUUGAGUGGGAUGAUCCCCUCUUCUAUUUGUUUUCUCACCCGCCUUACAUACCUUGAUCUUAGCUAUAAUAAGCUCGAUGGAAACAUACCUUCCUGCAUGGGAAAUCUUUCUUCCUUAACCCACAUCGACUUUUAUAUAAACCAUCUUAGUGGAAGCAUACCCCCUUCUCUGGGUAAUAUUUCUUCACUUGAUUAUCUAGGGCUUGCUAAGAACCAAUUAAGUAGGAACAUACCGAUUUCUAUUGGAAGUCUCUUUUUGCUGACGUCUUUACUCCUUGGGGAAAAUCCACUAAGCGGUAAAAUUCCAAAUUCUUUGGGCAAUCUCACUUUACUCGAGUUUUUUGAUCUCGAGGAUACCCAACUGAGUGGGACCAUUCCCCCUUCAUUUGCUCACCUUUGCUCUCUCACUCACUUCUAUGUUGGUGGUAACCGUUUCAAUGAAACCGUCGCGGCUUCGUCACUUCCACUUUCUUUCGGCAAUCUAAGCCUAUCACUAAGCCAUAACCAGUCAAUUUCAGAAACUUUCUUUCACAACCUUACAGGCCUAUACUCGUUGUAUUUAUCCAAUUGUGUGAUAAAUAUAAGCACAUCCUGGAUUCCAUCCUUUCAGUUAGGUCAGCGAUCUUUAGUGUCAUGUACAAUUUGUCACGGUGAAUUUCCAGCCUGGAUUUCAACACAAUUCUCGCUUCAUACACUAGAAUUAGUUAACAGUGGUCUUGUGGGAGAUAUUCCUUCAUGGCUAUGGGAAACCAGUCCUCUGUUGGCAUAUCUAAAUCUUUCAGGAAAUCAUCUGGAAGGAAAUAUAUUGUCAAAUACUUCAACAUGGAUGCAACUAGAAAUGCUAGAUCUGUCUAGAAAUGGAUUUAGUGGGCACAUCCCAACAAUAUGGUCACCCUCUAGCCAUCUAUUACUGCUCAAUGACAAUUUUUUCAGUGGCAAUAUUCCUCCAUCUUUGGGAAGUUUGUGCAAUAUUCCUUCAUGUUUGGGAAGAUUAUCUCACCCCGAUGAAGAUUAUUUCAGUGACAAUAAUCCUCCAGGACUCGAACUAUUAAAUCUUGCAAAUAACUAUUUAACUGGAGUGAUUCCUAUGAGCUUGUUCAAUUCCUCUUUUCUAUCUGUCUUAAAUUUAGCAAAUAAUAGUUUGGAGGGAAGCUUACCGAAUGAGUUCAAUAAGUUGAGUGAAUUAUAUUCAGUAGUUGUUCACAGUAAUAACUUGAACGGAUCAUUUCCUCUUUCCAUUGCAACUUGUUUAAAGCUACAAGUUCUUGAUAUUGGGAAUAACUUAUUGGGAGGUGAAAUACCAAAAGUAAUUUGCAAAUCUUUCAGAGCUAAGAGUAUUGGUGAUGAAGGAAAACAAUUUUGUAGGCAGGAUUCCUCCAAAGAUUGGGCAGUUAAAGAACCUUCAGAUUGUGCUCCUUUGUUUCAAUCAUAUUUCAGGUUCAAUUCCACACACAAUUGUAUUAUUGCAAGCAAUGGCCAAUACAAGUCAAGAUGGUUUUGUAUUGUCUGCUUCUGA